AUGCCGUCGGAACAGCCAGUUGAUAUGCUAAAUGACACGCUAGCAGAGAUCGUUUAUAGAACGAAGAACAUGCAAAGGUUCAAAAGAUUGGCACGCAAUACGCACUUCAAUCUGAGAGAAGUUGAAGCUUUGUCAAUUAUACACCGUAAGUGCGUGCAAACCUUGGGUCCCAUAAGCAGGUUAACAUUCCGAGACAUUUUCCACGCUGGCUUCGACUUCACGGAAAACAUCCGUCACUUGUUGAUCGACAAAUUAUUUUCCGUAAUCGACAAACAUAAUGCCUUGCAGAUAUAUUGCGAUCAAUGGAUCGAAGGUCUUUCGGUGAUGCUUCGCGGGAAUUUGGAUGAGAAGAUUCAAUUUGCUUAUCAGGUGUACGAUAGUAUGAGCACUCACAGAUUAAAAAAGGAGCAAAUAUUUCCCAUCAUGCGUGGAUGUUUAAUUAAAUUGCAGAACGAUGAGAACCCGGAAGAAGCUGUGAAGGACUUGAUAGAUUUAUUAAUAAAGAAGCUGGACGUAGAUCGCGAUGGCGCAAUUUCGCAGGAGGAUUUCAAAACCGCCGUGAAAGAGAGAAAUCAGCUGCUCCUGGAGUGCAUGGGCCCAGUGUUUCCAUCGAGAGAAGCUCGCCACGUUUUUCUCAGCACUUUUACCGAUCGUGUAGGAAGAUACUGA